UGUCAACUAUUCCGAGUAGACAAUGCUCCACGAGGCACAUGCCGCUCUCGAGGGCGCGCGCUUGCCUCGCGGCUGAACCCGUCGUCACCGCCUUCAUGGCCACGCAUCUGGACGACAGAGCUCCCUCCCAACCGGCGAAUUUGGAGCGGGUGGUCGCCGCGGCCGUGGCCGCAAUGCUCAAAGGCCAAAUAAAAGGUCACUACGAUCCGAACGAUUACUCCUUGGAAUGGCAGAUAAUAUGCCGCCUCUUGGUCUCUGGAGUGAAGGGUUAGUGGAAAGAAAAUACGAGUUUGCGGAGCGCGUCGAGAGCGACGACAACCCAAUCCGAGGCAUUCAAGGAAUUUGUGUCAGACACCGAUUCCACGUCUGAAGCUUUCACUGAAAUCGGGUCAGAUGCUGUGUCUGAGGAAUUCAUCAACGUCGAAUUCGACGACGAGUCCGAGAGUGGACGGUGGUCUCAACCGCUGCCACGAAAUGAGAUGCUUCCAAUUUGGGCAGCUUGGCUGAGACCAUAAAUAGGUUUCCCGAGAAUGAUGGGAAGACCCCAGUCUUCUCAUUCAUAUUCCUCUUUGCGCCUGUCUUACCCUGCUUUUUGUCUUUGUUCUUGUGAGGCGGCUAAGACCGCUUGCGGCGCGGACGCACCUGCUGAGGGACGCAAUAUUAGCGCGUGAUUUUCCAUCCA